GAGCCAAAAACCUACCAAGCAAGGACACUUCCUCUAGCAAGUCGAGACGAUGGCGGACCAGAGCAUGAGCCUCAUGGACGGCACAUACUUUGUGGGUCGUAAGGAGAUCUUGGACUGGAUCAAUAGCUUGUGCGCCAUCAACUUGUCCAAGGUGGAGCAGACGUGCACGGGCGCUGUGGCCUGCCAGAUCCUGGACGCCAUGUAUCCGGGCAAAGUACAGAUGAGCAAAGUGGACUGGGCAGCCAACAAGGACUACGAGUACAUUCAGAACUACAAAGUACUGCAGAAAGCCUUUAUGCAACUUAAGAUCGACAAGCACGUCGAGGUGGAUCGACUCGUACGUGGCAAAUAUCAGGACAAUCUCGAGUUUAUGCAGUGGUUCAAGGCCUUCUACGAGCGCAACGCCUCCGGCCAGCCCUACGAUCCCAUAGCGCAGCGUGAAAAAGGAAAAGGGGGUGCGCAAUACACGCAGAAGUUCGGUGGAGGCGCCUCGUCGUCCACACCAGCAGCGCCGCUACGUCGAAAAGUUGGCGCUACUGCGACCUCCAGAGUCGGACGGACGCCUCCUGGAGCUCCGACGAGUGCAGGUGCUGCUCGCACAGCCAGAACGUCGACGGGGGCCACGCGUCGUCCCGUAGGAAGCGCUGCGUCUGCGUCUGCUGCUGCUGCUGCGCCGUCUGAAGCAGACACGGAGGCGGCUGUUGCAGCGGCCACGGCGCCGUUGGAGAAGGAACUGGAGGAGCUCACGGCCAACAACGAGGCGCUGACGAACGAGAGCGGCGAGCUACGUGCCAUGGUGGAAAGUCUGGAGAAGGAGCGCGACUUCUACUUCAACAAGCUGCGUGAAGUGGAGAUCAUGCUGCAGGCGGCAGAAGAUAACGAGUCGAACCCGCUGGCCCAGGCGAUCUUCAAGGUGCUGUACGCCACGGAGGAAGGAGCUGAAGACGAGCAAGUGGCUGGCGAGCCACAGGACGAGCAGAUGUAGACGAGAAGUCGACGUAGACCUGCUCGAUAAUGGAAGUCACUUUAACCGGGAAACUAAAAAGAGG